UCGUUUGCGUCUGUUGAACGGCUGGUGGGAGUCGCGCUGCGUUGGGUGAGGGGUGUAAAGUCGUUCUUGCGCGGAACGUCUCUGUCCGGAGAGAAAAUGAGUUUAGCUCUGAGAAGUGAGCUUGUAGUAGACAAAACAAAAAGGAAAAAAAGAAGAGAACUCACUGAGGAGCAGAAACAAGAAAUUAAAGAUGCUUUUGAAUUAUUUGAUACAGACAAAGAUGAAGCAAUAGAUUAUCAUGAAUUGAAGGUGGCAAUGAGAGCCUUGGGGUUUGAUGUAAAAAAAGCAGAUGUACUGAAGAUUCUCAAAGAUUAUGACAGAGAAGCCACAGGGAAAAUCACCUUUGAAGACUUUAAUGAAGUUGUGACAGACUGGAUAUUGGAAAGAGAUCCACAUGAAGAAAUCCUAAAGGCGUUUAAACUAUUUGAUGAUGAUGAUUCAGGUAAAAUAAGUUUGAGGAACUUGCGACGUGUUGCCAGAGAACUGGGAGAAAAUAUGAGUGAUGAGGAGCUUCGAGCUAUGAUAGAAGAAUUUGAUAAAGAUGGCGAUGGAGAAAUAAAUCAAGAGGAGUUCAUUGCUAUUAUGACUGGUGACAUUUAAAGAAUUCCAAGGAUAAACACUAAGAAUAUUGCAGUUACCAUCUUAAAUUCUAUUUUUGUGCCUGGAGCCAUGUUAAAAAAGAAGCCAGCUUAGUUCUUUUUUUCCAGAAGGACCAAAACUGAACAUCUUCUGUGUUUGUGUUUGUGACUGUUAAGUUUCUUCGUAUGAACAGUGUUGUUAGUAUUGAAAUAGCUUAGCUUUGUAUUUAUAAUAUGGGUUUUAUAUAAAGUUUUUGAAAACCUAGUCAUGUGGUUAUGUAUCUUUUGGAGGUUUUUUAUUUAACAUUAUUAGCCCUCUCUUUUAUUUUGGUGUAUACAUUUUUCAGACUUUCAUUAGUCAAAUGCUUAUUUUAAUAGUAUCUUAUUAAAGUUUGAUACAUUUCUUGUUUUAUUUUGAUUUCUAGUAUCUGUUAUCCUUCAAUAAAAUAAUUUCUGAAA